AUGGGAGUGGAGGAUUUCGUGCACAUUCCGGUCAGCCCACUCACAGGCGGCACCAAAACACCCGAAUUCCUCAAGAUACAGCCCUUCGCGCGAAUCCCUGUGCUCGAAGACGAAGGGCACGUCAUUUAUGAGUCUCGCACGCUCAUGAGAUACAUCGCUGACAAGCAUAAGGACCGGGGGCCGAACCUCCUAGGAGAAAUGCUCAUGGACCGAGCUUUGGUGAAUCAGUGGAUAGACGUUGAGGGGCACACGUUCUCACCUCCGGUUAUGGUUCUGGUGUAUGAGAGAGUGUUCAAGCCCCACUUGCACAAGCGCCCGUGCGAUGAGGAGAGAUGGAAGGAGGCAAGGGAAAAGGUGAGAGGAAGGGUGGAAAGGAGAAGGGCGUUUGGGCUUUUCUCUCCUCUAGUGGUGUAUGAGCGGGUGUUCAAGCCCCACUUGCACAAGCGCUAA